AUGCAUUACGUCAGUGAAUCGGGCUACCGUUUUUAAAAUUCGUCCAUUAGGUUCAGUUUCUGACGCGAAUUUGAUGUAGCUGCUACUUUGCGUUCGACAUGAACCACACAAUACUUCUGAUGUUAAUCCUGCAGUUGUUAGUACCCAUGCUAACUUCGUCCCGUGGCCGGUAUCAAAAGCGCAAAUUGCCCCUGAUAAACAACGGCUGCAUCUACAAACACAACAUAUGCAACGAAACCCAACUUGAUCGUGGUCAACAAGAGGAUGUAAAGAAGAUUCUUGAUCGUCAUCCAAUUCUAGACUCGUUUUUUACGAAUAAAACUGUCUACGAAACACUGGAAAAAGCUCCUGAUGGUAGUGACAGAAGUGGAGGAUCGCCGGAUGAGUACCAAAGUGUAUGUUGGACAGACGAUGUGACCUUUGUUCCGUCUUCGGUGUUUACCGUCGACUCUAAAUUUAUGUACAUUGUUAACCAAGAUAACCGUAAACAGAUCGUAAGGGGCAAAAUAUGCAGAAAAUCGAAACACAAGAGCUAUUGCACGACUUUAUCGGGUUUUGGGACUUACCGGCACGCCAAAUGUGUACAGAGAUGGAGUACUAUUACAAUGUUGGGAAUAGAUCAAGAUACCGGAAAACCUGAGUACGUUCGGGUGAGUAUACCAAGUGACUGUGUGUGCACUGUCAGAAAUAAAGAAGAUUAAAUUUUCGUUCACGACUAUUAGUAUGUUAAGUAUUAUUAGUAUCAAUUUUUACAAUUUUACUAAAGUUGUUAAUGUGUAAGGUUGUAUUAAUUUCAUCUGUAAAAAUCGUGUUGAAGUUGACAGAAACAAUUAUAUUGGUAGUGAGAAGAAUAAGACCACAGUUAUUUAUGUGUGUUACACGGUUCAAUAAAUUGCUUGUUUCUGUUUUA